AUGUCUGGCGGCCACACGGGGUCUCGGAUCAAGGGUAUCCUCUCAGGCCUGCGCCAGUUUGAGGACGAGGGCGCGCAGCUGUCGGCGCUCACGGAGCUGUCCGAGCUGCUGUCCAUCAGCCAGGAGGAGAGCCUCGCAGCGACCAUGCCCGUGGAGCAAGUCGUGCCGCUGCUGGUCCAGCUGCUGGGCAUGGAGCACAACCCGGACAUCAUGCUGCUGGCGGCGCGCUGCCUGACCUUCAUGGCUGACGUCAUGCCUACGUCAUGCAGCUCCAUCGUGCGCCACGGCGCCGUGCAGGCCUUCUGCGCGCGCCUGCUCAACAUCGAGUACAUAGACCUCGCGGAGCAGAGCCUGCAGGCGCUCGACAAGCUCUCCAACGAGCACCCCGCCUCGCUGCUGCAGCAGGGCGGCCUCACCGCCGUGCUGUCCUACCUCGACUUCUUUCCAACGGGCGUGCAGCGUGUCGCGGUCGCGACGGCGGCCAAGAUGUGCGGCGCGCUCGCGCCGCAGCACGCGGGCGCGGCGCGCGACGCGGUGCCGCUGCUGACCAACCUGCUGCAGUACCAGGACGGCCGGAUCGUCGACUCGGCCUGCGCCGCGCUGUGCUGCGUCGCCGAGGCGUUUUCCGGCGACGCGGCGCUGCAGGGCCUGCUGCUGUCGUCGGGCGCGACGGGCCAGGCCGCGCAGCUGGUCGCGCUCAGCGGCGCGACGGGCGGCAUGGCGGCGCAGCUGUCGCUGGGGACGUACUACGGGCUCAUCCGCCUGCUGGCCACCUGCGCGGCCGGCAGCCCGGCGGUCGCCGAGUCGCUGCUGCAGGGGCCGCUCGUGGACACGCUGCGGCAGCUGCUCGCCGGCUCUGCGAUGCUGUCGUCGGCAGCCGGGCAGGCGUGCGUGCUGCGCACCGCGGACCAGCUGUCGGAGGUCGUCGGGCUCGCCGCCGCGCUGCUGCCGCCGGUGCCCGACGCGGCGGCG